UUUCUCUGCGCCCCUCGUCUCUUUAUCUUCUUUGCUCUCUUUAAUCUCAGAGUUUGUACUCCCCUUGAUCUCAGCGGUUUCGUUUCUUCCAGAGAAGCAGACAAUGGAGACCUUCUUGUUCACCUCUGAGUCUGUGAACGAGGGCCACCCCGACAAGCUCUGCGACCAGGUCUCCGAUGCCAUCCUUGAUGCCUGCCUCAAGCAGGACCCCGAGUCCAAGGUGGCUUGCGAGACAUGCACUAAGACCAACAUGGUGAUGGUCUUUGGUGAGAUCACCACUAAGGCCAAAGUUGACUACGAGAAAAUUGUUCGGGACACUUGCCGCGCCAUCGGCUUCACCUCUGCCGAUGUUGGUCUUGAUGCAGACCGCUGCAAUGUCCUUGUGAACAUUGAGCAACAGAGUCCUGAUAUUGCACAAGGCGUUCAUGGUCAUUUGACCAAGAAGCCUGAGGAGAUUGGAGCUGGUGAUCAGGGUCACAUGUUUGGCUAUGCCACUGAUGAGACGCCGGAGCUUAUGCCAUUGACUCACGUGCUUGCAACAAAGUUGGGGGCCAAGCUCACUGAGGUGCGAAAGAAUGGGACAUGCCCAUGGCUCCGACCUGAUGGCAAGACCCAGGUGACAGUGGAGUACCGUAACGACGGGGGCGCCAUGGUCCCACUUCGUGUGCACACGGUCCUCAUCUCAACUCAGCACGACGAGACUGUAACCAAUGACCAGAUUGCGGCCGACCUCAAGGAGCAUGUGAUCAAGCCCGUCAUACCAUCCAAGUACCUUGACAAGGACACCAUCUUCCACCUGAACCCGUCUGGGCGCUUUGUCAUCGGAGGGCCCCAUGGUGAUGCAGGCCUCACGGGCCGCAAGAUCAUCAUCGAUACCUAUGGAGGAUGGGGGGCCCAUGGUGGAGGGGCCUUUUCAGGGAAGGACCCUACCAAGGUGGAUAGGAGUGGGGCCUACAUCGUGAGGCAGGCAGCCAAGAGUGUGGUGGCGAGUGGAUUAGCGAGGCGAUGUAUCGUUCAGGUGUCUUAUGCCAUUGGAGUACCAGAGCCUUUGUCUGUUUUUGUGGACACUUACAAGACAGGGAGUACCCCUGAUAGGGAAAUAUUGGCAUUGAUUAAGGAGAAUUUUGAUUUUAGGCCUGGGAUGAUGGCCAUUAAUUUGGACUUGAAGAGGGGUGGGAAUUUCAGGUUUCAAAAGACAGCAGCAUAUGGGCAUUUUGGACGCGAUGAUCCCGACUUCACUUGGGAGACUGUUAAGGUCCUCAAGGUGGACAAGAAGGCCUAAAUUCAUCCCUUGAGCAAGAAGAAGCAUUAUUCAGUGUCUUGUUUUCUCUUGUUUGCCUAGCUUUGUUUUUGUCGGUCAGUAUCUAUUUGUUUCUUUUGGGGUUUUUCCCCUCUUUUUCUUAGGGGAGGGGAGUUGUUGAAGGAGAGGAUUAGGGAGCAAAGGAAAUCAUUGGUUCCACGGUCAAAUUCAUAUUAAGCUUAGCUUUUGAGGAAUAUGACAUGGUAUUUUUUUUGGCUUCUAUUCUAAUUUGUUUCGUUCCAGUUCAUUAAGCUGAGGAGCUUCUAUUCUAAAUUGUUUCCUUCUGGUUUAUUAGGCGGAGGAAUAUGACAUACUAUUUUUUGGCUUCUAUUCUAAAUUGCUACCUUCCGGUUGUUUAUUAGGCUGGGAGGGGGGUUCUGUUUU